CGUGUCGGAUCAUUCUCCACGUCAUUCAGUUUUUCGUCUUCUUAACAAGAACCGAAGCAAACGACUUUAAAUCAUCUCUCUCUCUCGUCACUGUUCCUUCCGUCAAAACGGAACUGUGAAAUAUUCAAUUUGAUUGAAAUUUUCAAUUGUUUCGUUUAAAGAUCAUCGUACUUUGAUUCGAAUCUCUUUACGAAUUGCAUUUUUUGUUUCCUUUUUUUUCUCUCUUCGAUUUUGAUCAGUGAUCGUGUUAGGGUUUAGCCGUUUCCGUUUUGAUCCCAAAUCCAUGGAGGACGAGCCAGGAAGUGAAGGAGACGGAGAUACCAUGAUCGAUUCACCACUCGCGAGAUGGAGAAUCGAAUUCUCCAAGUCAUUUCAGAACCACCUAGACAGAUCGGCGCCUCACCUUGUUCGGAGAUGGCUGGUGACAUUACUCGCCGCCGUGAUCUACAUCUACAGGGUUUACUACGCGUAUGGAUUCUUCGUCGUCUCCUAUGGCCUCGCUACUUACAUCUUAAACCUCUUGAUCGGUUUCCUCUCUCCCAAAGUCGACCCUGAGGUCGAAGCUUUAGACGCUGCCUCUGUGUCCAGUGAAGAUUCCGAUGAGUUCAAGCCCUUUGUUCGUCGUCUUCCCGAGUUUAAGUUCUGGUAUGCAGCGACGAAGGCUUUUGUUGUUGCAUUCGUCAUGACGUUCUUCUCCUUCUUGGACGUGCCUGUGUUCUGGCCCAUCUUGUUGUGCUACUGGUUGUUUCUGUAUUUCCUCACUAUGAAACGGCAGAUCGUGCACAUGAUCAAGUACCGAUACGUUCCUUUCGAUUUUAGAAAGAAGGUAAAGCCAACGUCAAGAGACACGUUGGGAAGGAUAAGGCUAGUAGCAGCAAUUCAUCUCAGGGAGAUGAAAAAACGGCUUAGGCUUGAAUCAUAUCAGUUCUUGAAAAGCUUAACAGAGCUGGGGAAACUCUCUUCUAUAGCAGAAGCAGCAGAAGCUAGAACAACACUGUAUAGACUCUAUAGAGUGUACUUGCUUUGAUACAUUAUGGGUUUUUUGUAACCUUUGUCACGAAAUCUGUAAGAGUGCUUGUGGUUUUGUUCAGUGGGUAAACGUCAGAUCUCUUGACCAAUUCAGGAAUUUAUGCAAGAGAAAAGAUAGUAUAUAGUAUUAACCAAAAUGUUAAAUGUUUAUUCUGGCUUUGAAGAUCAUCAUUCAACCUUUAAAGUUUAUUCUGAAUAUAACUUUAGACCACACUCGACCAG